AUGUUUGUUCUGGGCCUGCCCUAUGCCAUUCUUCAUGGUGGAUACCUAGGACUCUUUUUAAUAAUUUUCGCUGCAGUGGUUUGCUGCUAUACUGGGAAAAUCCUUAUUGCCUGUCUUUAUGAAGAGAAUGAGGAUGGGGAGAUAGUCAGGGUGAGAGACUCCUACGUGGACAUAGCGAACGCAUGCUGCGCGCCCCGCUUCCCCACCCUCGGAGGCAGAAUUGUGAAUGUGGCUCAGAUCAUUGAACUGGUCAUGACCUGCAUCCUCUAUGUGGUGGUCAGUGGGAACCUGAUGUACAACAGCUUCCCCAACCUGCCCGUCUCCCAGAAGUCGUGGUCCAUCAUUGCCACGGCAGUGCUCCUGCCCUGUGCGUUCUUGAAGAACCUCAAGGCAGUCUCCAAGUUCAGCUUGCUCUGCACACUAGCCCACUUUGUGAUCAACAUCUUGGUGAUUGCCUACUGCCUCUCCAGGGCACGCGACUGGGCCUGGGACAAAGUCAAGUUUUACAUUGAUGUAAAGAAAUUUCCCAUCUCCAUUGGCAUCAUUGUCUUCAGCUACACCUCUCAGAUCUUUCUGCCUUCCUUGGAGGGGAACAUGCAGAACCCCAAGGAGUUUCAUUGCAUGAUGAACUGGACUCACAUAGCAGCUUGCAUCCUUAAGGGACUCUUUGCCUUGGUUGCCUAUCUGACCUGGGCUGAUGAGACCAAGGAAGUCAUUACAGACAACUUGCCAUCCACCAUUAGGGCAGUAGUCAACAUUUUCCUGGUGGCCAAAGCCUUGCUCUCGUACCCCUUGCCGUUCUUUGCGGCUGUGGAAGUCCUGGAGCGGUCCCUUUUCCAAGAUGGAAACAGGGCAUUCUUCCCCAACUGCUACGGGGGUGACGGGCGUCUCAAAUCCUGGGGACUCACCCUCAGAUGUGCCCUGGUAGUUUUCACCCUGCUCAUGGCUAUCUAUGUCCCGCAUUUUGCCCUCUUGAUGGGUCUUACUGGGAGCCUCACAGGCGCAGGGCUCUGUUUCCUGCUCCCCAGUCUUUUCCACCUCAAACUCUUGUGGAGGAAGCUUUUGUGGCACCACGUCUUCUUUGAUGUCGCCAUUUUUGUUAUAGGUGGUAUCUGCAGCGUCUCUGGGUUCAUCCACUCUUUAGAAGGCCUCAUAGAGGCCUUCAGAACCAACGCUGAAGACUAA